AGACCAUUUUAACUACCAGACCCCAAAUGCCGGAUUUUCAUUAUUUCUGCCCUUUAGUUAAUGUGAAGGUUUAUGAUGUUUAUCUGCAGCUCUGCAGACAGAGAGGACACAGCUCAGAGAGAGAGACAGCUGCACUCACUGUGAACUCACUGUGUCCCCUUUGUGUCAGCAUAGAAAGGAGGCUUUAUUUGCUGCCGGCCUAGACUAUUUUUUAUAUCAGAGUUACGGUUAGACUACUGUCACUGACUACCAGUCAAGAAGCACAUCAUGACCAGUAUGUUGGAGUAAAACCAUUUAUGCUUUACGCUGGGAUUUUCCUUCAAUUGUUUUGGGAUAUUUCUAUCAUAUUGAGAUAGGAUUUGCAGGUUUUGCCUCUAAAAUCUUUAUGUAAUGGUUAUUGCAGUCCAGCUGUGAGGGAUCCUAGCGUCCCUGUCUAGAGGCAGCAGUGGAGAGGUUGGAGGUCUCUUGCACAUCAAUGUCUCUCACUCCGAGUCGAAAGCCCUCCUCAGGUCAGCGCAGGCGCUCAGUGGGCACUGGUGGCGGCAGUGGGCGAUAUUCCCACAGCGAUACAUCCAGCACCCACACCUACCCAGGUCGGGUUAAGGCCGUAGAGGGCAGCCCCACAGCCCGGACGUAUCCUAGUACACCCAGGCGUCAGGCAAAGCACACAGCUUGCAGUGACAACCAUGGGAUCAGGCCUCCGACCCCAGAGCAGUACCUCACACCUCUGCAACAGAAGGAGGUGUGUAUACGUCACCUGCGAGCCAGACUGAGGGACAAUGUGGAAAGACUACAACACAGGGACUGUGAAAUAGAUGAGUUGAGGACCCAACUGUACAGGAUGCAGGAAGACUGGAUAGAGGAGGAAUGUCACCGUGUGGAGGCACAGUUAGCCCUGAAAGAGGCCCGCAAAGAGAUCCAGCACCUUCAGGAAGUGGUUGAGACAGUAAGGUCCAACCUGACUGUCCAUGAAGACCCCCAUGACCACAAGCCAUACUCAGGGUUGCAGGGAGCUCGGCCAGGGGGGAAGUCUCGCUCCUGUGGCUGUUCCCCUGCCAGCACUUUGAGCCGCAACACCACCCACACCCGACUGAGCAGCGAGGCUCUGCAGCUGGAGCGCAGCCCGAACGCACCCGAAUCAGGCAGAGUGUCUCGCCCAGCAGGACAAACCCACCUGCUUCUGGAGGCGGCCCUCCUUUCGGAGCAGCUGCCACCACAGGGCCACAUCCGAGGCCCCCCAACUGUGCCGCGCUCUUCCACUUAUGAAAGGCUGUGCACCGGGGGGGCAGUGUUGCCAAUCUCACACUCCUGCCACACUCUCAGUAGCAGCUGCACAUGCAGUGGCCACACCUACCUCCCCCAUCAUCACUUGUUCCUGCACUUACCUCAGGAGGAGGCCCCGGUAACUGUGGCAACUGUCCCUGCUUCUGAUCCUAUCCCUACUCCUACGCCUGCAGCAGAGAAGAAGCCAGAGGUUCGCUCCCAGGCCUGCAGCCCGACCAUGACCUGGCUGUGUGAGGAAAGCGGUGCCGAAGAUCUGAGUGUCAUUUCUUUAACCACAGCAGACAUCAUGCCCUCAGAACCACAUCUGUUUCCAUCGUCUUUACCACAAGUGUCCCCUCCCGAGCAUUCAUACAGUUUAGACCCGCUACCGCCCGACAAACCAGAGGAGGUUACAGAGACGCCAGCAGAGCCUCACACCUGCCAGCCACACCCUACAGCUCCGCUUCCAGUGAGGCAGGAAGCUACGGUACUGGACAUAGAAGAGGGCGAUGUGGAUGAACCUGAAGGCACAAAUGAAGACGGGUAUUCCCCUCAGCUCUGCCACUGGAGCCGCUACUUCCUUGUAGAUCUGUUGGCUUUGGCCAUGCCGGUGGUCCCAACCAUGGCGUGGUUGUGUAGAGGGACGCAACGGGAAGUACUGCCGGUGUAUCAUAUCGGGUCCCUGCUGAGGGGGUGCUGUGCCGUGGCCCUCCACUCACUUCGACGCCGGGGUGCAGGAAGGGGACGCAGGCCCGCCAGCAUGAAUGGAACAACACCAAUCUGAGACUUUCUGCUCCCUCUGACGUCAAGAACACAACUCCCAACCUCUGCAACCACAGCAAACGCUAACUUUACGUCAUUAUAUUUCGGUCUUUGCCAUGCGUUGAACAUCUCCUCUUAAAAGAUUUUUAGAUUUUACAUAAUGCCCUUGUGAUUUUGUGGUCAUGCCUUGCCUUAGAGAACAAAGGAUUAGUUGUACAUUAUUAAAUACUUUCAUUACUCAAAUAUACUUACGGCUUAUGCCUGCUGUUUAAGUGAUUUUCUCUUCUUGGAAUUUGCAUGUAGCCCACAGUUUGAUUGGGUUCCCUUGCUUGAAUUAAAAAAGCCCCUACCUGGAUUUAGAUGAGCCAUCUUCUGGGCAAAGAAAUGCAGUUUAUUUUAUGAAAAGAAGAGAUAUUGUCUGAAGUUGAAUGCUCCUCUAUUUUCAUCAUAACUUCUUUUAGAAAUAGGAAUGGGAGAGUCAUAAAAUUUCUUCGACCUCAGCAACGUCCCACAAAAUCAGAAAAAUAAAUUACAGUCAGCACUUACCUGAUUAGUUCAAAUUUACAGAGCACAGUGAGUGGAAGGUUCAUUUUUAUACUCCAGUCAUUUCCACCCAUGAAAAUAUUGAAUAUGGUUUAAAAGCUGUUGCGACGUUUACCUUCUGAAAAGUAGAGCAUGUGCAUCGAAUCUACUCAGGUGCAGAACAGACAGAUUAUUGAUCUUUUGCCAAUAAACAAAACAUCGGAGUUUAAAACUGUACAGACUCCAUUUCUUUGAUUUUUUUUGGGACAUUUGCUCUCAACAUCCACACUAUUUUUUUCCACUAAAAUCAAUUAGAAUGUUUUAAUGACCUACAGAAAAAAUCUGCAGUUUAUGUCCUGAAUUUACAUAACGCAGACAGCCUUUAUAGCAGUUUGGAUCUAAAAAUAAAGCCUUGAGGUGGGUGUGUGACUCGGGGCAUUAAUAUGCACCUGACUUUAACUGCUCCAGUCCUGAAAUGUGCACCAUCUGGACAUUUCUAAAUAGAUUAUACGAGAUCGCUACAAGAUUUGACAUACGGUAGCUUGUGAUCCACACAGCUGAAUGAAUGAAAGACUUGGAUGAGCAGUUUUGUUUACUGAAUUUGUGAAGAGAUUUUGAUACAGUGAUAUAUUUUCUAAUUUUACAUGAAACAAAGAAGAUUUGCACAGCUGCGAGUAAAGAUUAACACUUGAGAAGUUAUUCUUUGCAUCAGUGUUGGUCGCUUUCAUAGCACUGUAUUGCAGUUUAUAAUAAUGAUGUACAGUGUGUAUCAUAGUUGUGAAAUACUCAUCUUAUAAGCGGCACUUUUGUGUGUCGACUAAAAUGGCUCAAUUGUAACUACAAACAAUGAUGUACAGCACGUAUGGCUACCAAUUUUUGCCUUAUUAUGCAAAAAAAAAUAAAAAAAGAGCAAUGUUUUAGCUUUCAGGUAUCUUGGUAUCUUUACAAUAAGGUUCACUAGUUGUUUAAUCAAUUAUUCAGCUUAAGGCAGAAGAAUAGCUGUUAGUGCAAAUUCAAACUUCAAUGGAAAUAAACUGUAAUUUAUCUGUGGUUGGAGCAGUUUUGUUUAAACUUCUAUUUUAUUUUCAAUUUGUUGGCAACUACAUUCCCUUCAUGUUCAGAAUUGAUCGAUAUGUCACUCAUCCUCCUCUCUGUACAUCUUAUUGCAUAACCUGGACUCAGAUAUGUGAAAGUACACCUUGUACACAAUGA